AUGGACCCCAAGGACCGCAAGAAGAUCCAGUUCUCCGUCCCGGCGCCCCCCAGCCAGCUGGACCCCAGGGCAGUGGACAUGAUCCGCCGCCGGAGGCCCACGCCCGCCAUGCUCUUCCAGAUGUCGGAGCACUCGUCCCCUGAAGAGGAUUAUUCCCCAUACCAGAGAACGCUGGGCGAGGGCCACCUGCUUAAAACAAAGAGGACCAACCCGUGUGUCUACACGCCUCCCUCUCUUAAAGCCAUGCAGCGCAUUGUGCAGUCGCACCUGGAGGCCAGCAGCGGCCUGGAGGACGAGGAGGCUGCCGAGCACGAGGACAGCUCCGAAGGGGAGGCCGAGGACGACAAGUCAUGUGACCCAGACGACAUCGACUCCGAGAUCCCCGGCCCGUGUGAACUAGAGAGCAGUGUCGUUCCUGGAGCCCAGGCGAUGAAGGACCUGCCUCUGGCACCUGAGGCAGUGGCAGCCCGUCCCAAGCCAGCUCUGCCAAAGCAGCACUCCGGUGGCCAGAAAGUGUCCUUCGCUGGCGGGAUAGCGGAGCUCGGGGAUGAGCUGAACUCGCUCGCUGAAUGGGAGAAACCUGAAGCUACUGAAGGAGACGGGACCAAGGCCCAGGAACCGGAUCCAGGACAGGACAGUCCUUCUCCAAGCGAACACAAGGAGCGGAGACACGUUGGCUUUGCAGAGAGACCUCCCCGCUCGGUUAACGUAGAGAACUGCCCCGCCACCUCCCCACUCGGCGGCACCAGUUAG